UAGUUUGAGAUUAUUUAGUAGAACUGCACUGAGACUUUUUACAUUCAGAUCAUACAUUUGUGAUUUCACUCCCCAUCCUUUCCAAAGUAGUAGAAUUUUACAGCUACGCCUAUGCAACAACAAAUAAGAGAGUAAGAAUUAUCAGAAAGAAAGCCCCUCUUUAACGAGUAAGGACUCGUCGGGGUUUUCUGAUUUUGUCUCUGUGUACCAACCUUCCAUCUUGAGCUCUUUAAACGAAAACUAAUGGGUUUCAGUAACUGGGAUUUUCGCGUUGGAUCAAGGUGAUUCAAACCAGUUCCUGGAUUAGCCCCAUUGAUUUGUAAUGGGAUUGAAUUGAAGAAAGGGCUUAUCAUGGAAAGUUUUCUUGGCGAUUUUGUGCUGCCUUUGCUGCUUUUGAUAGCUGGUCUACUAAAUUGGAGUUUGAUUUCUUUCAUUAAUUUGGUGGCUUCUCUUGUAAUUCGAUUUGUGGCCCGAAAAAGAGGAUUUCGCUUCAGAUGCAGAAAUUCGUUGCUAUGGUGCAUUUUUUUAUUUUCUCUUAUUGUGAUAUUUUCACAAGUGACCUUUCUUGUUAUAUCGGCAAUUAUGGGUUCGGAAUGGACGGUUGCAGAUGCCUGGUGGAUGAAGCUCAUUGGAUUGAUGAAACUUCAAUCCUGGAGAUCUCCACUGGUUGUAUAUCUCCUGAUUAUACAACUCUUAGUUGCUGUCAUUGCGCUAACUGAGAUCCAGUGGAACAGAUUUGGCUUUUUCCGAUUACAAGAUUCUUGUUGGGCCUGUUUUUCUUCAGUGGUUGAGCAUAUAGGUUCUCGUCUUAGGGUGGCUUCCUGCUUGUUGCUGCCUGGCAUUCAGUUGGUUGUUGGAAUUAGUAAUCCUUCUUGGCUUUCUUUACCAUUUUUUGUCUGUAGCUGUGUUGGUCUUGUGGAUUGGUCUUUAACAAGCAACUUUUUAGGGCUUUUCAGGUGGUGGAAGCUUCUUUGGCUUUAUGCUGGCUUCAGCAUUUGCUUGUUGUAUGUGUAUCAGCUCCCAGUUGGCUUCCCAGAGAUUUUCAACAUGAUAGCGAAUUUCGUUGGUCUGUACAAACUUUCUCCAAAAUCUGAUUUGCAAGAAAUUUCUUCCAGUCUUUCUUUGAUGGCAUUUUACUAUGUGCUCUCCUGCGUGAAGUGUGAUUUGGAGGAAAUGGAUUUUCUUAUGUCCAUAAGAGAGGGAAGCUUGACCGAGCAACUUCUGCCCUCAAGGCAUCCAUUUUUUAUUCGUGAAUUGAGAUCUGGUGUAAGGCAUGCAAAUGUAUUUUUAAGGAGAACAGUUUUCCGGUUUUUCACUAUCAACUUUUUCACGUAUGGUUUUCCGGUCUCCUUGUUUGCACUUACAUUUUGGAGCUUCCACUUCGCGAGUAUAUGUGCAUUUGGAUUGCUUGCAUAUGUUGGGUACAUUUUAUAUGUUUUCCCUUCCUUGUUCCGUCUGCACCGAUUAAAUGGGUUGCUUCUUGUCUUUAUUCUCUUGUGGGCGGUCAGCACAUAUGUCUUCAAUGUGGCAUUUGCUUUCAUGAAUUGGAAACUUGGAAAGGACAUGGAAAUCUGGGAGAUGGUUGGGCUGUGGCAUUAUCCCAUUCCUGGCUUCUUCCUACUUGCUCAAUUUUGUCUUGGAAUUCUUGUUGCUCUUGGUAACCUAGUUAACAAUACUGUUUUUCUCUGCAUAUCGGAUGAGGAGGGGCAGUCAUCAAAGGACUACUACAAAGAGGAAGUGAAUGAAGAAACCAAAGUCCUUAUUGUGGCUACAAUAGCUUGGGGAUUGCGCAAAUGUUCUCGUGCCAUUGUACUGGUGCUGAUAUUCCUUAUAGCAAUGAAACCUGGUUUCAUCCAUGCCGUGUAUGUGAUAUUCUUCUUCAUGUAUCUUUUGAGCCAUGAAAUCAGUAAAAGAACGCGCCAAUCUCUGAUUCUUCUUUGUGAGGCUCAUUUUGCCAUACUGUACAUUCUUCAGCUUAAUUUGGUCUCAAAAACUCUGGAGAAGAAAGGCUCCUUAAGCAUGGGAAUCCUUUCUCAGUUAGGUCUCCUUGAAAGUGAUAGUUCUUGGGAUUUCCUCGAAAUAGCUCUGCUUGCAUGCUUUUGUGCAAUUCAUAAUCAUGGGUUCGAAAUGUUGUUUUCAUUUUCUGCAAUCGUACAGCACACACCUAGUCCUCCAGUUGGAUUUAGCAUUUUGAGAGCUGGAUUGAACAAAUCAGUUUUGCUGUCAGUCUAUGCCACCUCAAGCACCAGGGACAGUCAUGACAAUGCCUCCCAUGAGAAAAGAAUUGCUCUGUAUCUUGGCGCGAUAGGGAAGAAAUUUUUGUCUGUGUAUAGAUCAUUUGGAACCUACAUCGCGUUUCUGACCAUUCUUCUAACAGUUUACCUGGUGAGGCCUAAUUGUUUGGCAUUUGGGUACAUUUUCCUUCUCCUUGUCUGGAUUAUCGGAAGACAACUUGUGGAAAGAACAAAACGACGUCUUUGGUUUCCACUAAAAGCGUAUGCAAUCAUAGUCUUCAUUUUCAUCUAUAGUUUGAGCAUUUUCCCCACUUUUGAGGCUUGGAUGUCUGCAAAAUUCAAUCUUCAGUUGUAUUUUGGCUAUAACCCCGGUUCUUCAUUACUGGAAAAUGUUUGGGAGUCUUUAGCAAUUGUAGUCGUAAUGCAACUUUAUAGCUAUGAGAGGAGACAGAGCAAAAGUGUUAGAUCAGAGGAAUCAGAUUUAUCUCAAUUUGGGAUUUUGGGGUUCAUCAGACGCUGCCUAAUCUGGCACAGUCAUAAGAUCCUGUUGAUUGCAUUGUUUUAUGCUUCAUUAUCUCCAAUAAGCGCAUUUGGUGUUUUGUACCUUCUUGGUGUUGUCUUUUGUUCAACUUUAUCUAAAGCUUCCCGAAUUCCAUCCAAAUCAUUCUUGAUCUAUACGGGUGUUCUAGUGACAUCUGAGUAUCUGUUUCAGAUGUGGGGUGAAUAUGCUGAAAUGUUUCCUGGACAAAGGCACUAUGAUCUAUCCCUCCUCCUGGGGUUUCAGGUAUACAAACCAAAUUUCUGGGGUAUAGAAGCUGGCUUGAGGGCAAAAGUUCUUGUGAUUGCUGCAUGUACCCUUCAGUAUAAUGUCUUCCAUUGGUUGGAGAGGAUGCCCGCUUUUCUUGUAGAUGUAGUUAAUUCGGAGGAGCCUUGCCCACUUUUUGUCUCUGCAGAAGACGUCCUACCAGUUGUUUCAGUGCCCAAUGGUGAAAAUGACGCAUCAUCAAGUUUCAAUGAACGAUCUUCAAGAAAGAUAGGAGUCACGAGUAGUUCAUUGCCUACAUUCAGCCCUGGUCUUUACCAAUCAUCUCAUGAUGUGUCCACGGCUGGAGUAGGAUAUAAGGAUCACAAUACUAGAAAAUACUCAUUUGGGCAUAUAUGGGGGAGUGUGAAGGAGAGUCAUAAGUGGAACAAGAAGACGAUUCUUUCCUUGAGAAGGGAGAGGUUUGAAAUCCAAAAGACUACCUUGAAGAUAUAUUUGAAGUUUUGGAUAGAGAACAUGUUUAACCUUUUUGGCCUUGAGAUCAACAUGAUUGCACUACUAUUGGCCAGUUUUGCUCUUCUGAAUGCAAUUUCUUUGCUCUAUAUUGUAUCACUUGCAGCUUGUGCUCUUUUAGAGCGGCAUAUACUUCGGAAACUAUGGCCGAUGUUCGUCUUCUUGUUUUCUCUUAUCCUUGUGUUUGAAUACUUUGCCAUGUGGAAGCACCUCAUGCCAUUGGAUCCACAUGUUUCAAGUGACACUAAUGUGCAUUGCCAUGAUUGCUGGAAAAUCUCAAACUUAUAUUUUGCUCAUUGCAGGAGCUGUUGGUUGGGACUUAUUGUUGAUGAUCCCCGAAUGCUGAUUAGCUACUUUGUCGUCUUCCUGCUUGCAUGUUUUAAGCUCCGUGCAGAUCGAGCUUCAAGUUUCUCUGGAUCAUUUACAUAUCGCCAGAUGGUUUCUCAAAGGAAAAACGCUUUUGUUUGGAGAGAUCUGUCAUUUGAAACCAAAAGCAUGUGGACUUUCCUUGACUAUUUGCGGCUUUAUUGCUAUUGUCAUCUGUUAGAUCUUGUGCUUGCUUUGGUUCUGAUUACAGGAACCCUUGAAUAUGAUAUUCUGCACCUAGGAUAUCUUGCUUUUGCUUUGAUUUUCUUUCGGAUGAGGCUUACGAUAUUAAAAAAGAAAAACAGUAUCUUUAAGUAUCUGCGCAUAUACAAUUUUGGAGUUAUUGUUCUUUCUCUUGCAUAUCAAUCUCCUUUUGUGGGUGAUUUUAGUGGGGGAAAGUGUGAAACUAUUGAUUACAUAUAUGAGGUGAUUGGAUUCUACAAAUAUGACUAUGGGUUCCGGAUAACCUCCAGAUCUGCUUUAGUUGAGAUAGUCAUUUUUGUUCUGGUAUCACUACAGUCAUACAUGUUUUCCUCCCCUGAGUUUGAUUAUGUAUUUCGGUAUCUUGAAGCGGAGCAAAUUGGGGCUAUUGUACAUGAGCAAGAGAAGAAAGCUGCAUGGAAAACUGAACAGUUUCUUCACAUUCGUGAAUCUGAAGAGAAAAAGCGCCAGCGCAACUUCCAAGUAGAGAAGAUGAAGUCCGAGAUGCUUAAUUUACAAAUCCAGCUUCAUAAUAUGAACUCUACAUCUGCGUGUGAUGACUCUUCUCCUGCAAGUGAAGGGCUUAGAAAGAGGAAGAAUGCCACAGUAAAUACAAAUAUGAACAGUGGAAUUCUUGAAAAGCAGGAUAUUAAUACUCAUCCUGAUUCAGGUUUUGCAUUCGAUCUGUAUGGUUCUCCAAGUAAUGUAAGAGGAGAGAGUCCUUUUACAAUGGAAUUUGCAAAGCAACCAAUAGAAUCUCCUCUUGGAGAGAUCACUGAGCUUGAGGAAUGUACAAGUGAAGGUUCAUUUCUGGAGUCUGACAGAGAAAGGAAAGGCAGAGGCCGAGCAAGUGAAAACCCUUUAGUCUCUGCUGUACAGUUGAUUGGUGAUGGUGUUUCUCAAGUGCAAUCAAUAGGAAACCAAGCAGUUAACAAUAUUGUGAGCUUUCUUAAUAUUGCACCUGAAGAUUCAGAUACAAAUGAGCACACAGCUGCUGAGGAUGGGGUCUUUCAGGAGAGUGAGAGCCAAAAUGUGAGGUACGCAUGCUUGGAUCGUGCCUCUUCUGUGCAAUCUGACAGAAGUAGAGCAUCUGAUACUGCAAGUUUGCAGAUUGGAAGGAUCUUUGGCCAUAUUUGGUCUCAGAUGCGGUCGAAUAAUGAUGUUGUUUGUUACAUUUGCUUUGUACUGGUAUUUCUGUGGAACUUUAGUUUGCUUUCGAUGGUUUAUUUGGCAGCUCUAUUCUUGUAUGCUCUUUGUGUCAACACAGGGCCAAGUUACACUUUUUGGGUUAUCAUGCUAAUCUACACUGAAAUUUAUAUAUUGAUUCAGUACCUGUAUCAAAUUGUGAUCCAACAUUGUGGUUUCAGCAUCCAGUCAAGCAUUCUUCAAGAACUUGGGUUUCCAACAAAGAGGAUAAAGUCAUCAUUUGUGAUAAGUACAUUGCCUCUUUUUCUAGUGUAUCUAUUUACUCUUGUUCAGAGCUCUAUAACUGCCAAAGACGGUGAAUGGUUUUCGCCAGGGUUUAGUAAGGGGAGAUUGUUGCACCGCAAGGAGGUUCUGCAGGUUUCUACUUUGAGUGGGACAGCAAAGGAGCUGGUCCAGCUAGUGGAAAAAAUGGUCAAAAUGGUGAUUAGCAGCUGCAGUACAUAUUGGAAAUCACUGACACAGGAAGCAGAAUCUCCUCCAUACUUUGUCCAGUUGUCUAUGGAUGUUCAUUUGUGGCCAGAAGAUGGAAUUCAACCAGAGAGGAUAGAAUCUGGAAUUAAUCGUCUGCUACAGCUUGUUCAUGAUGAGAGAUGCAAAAAUGAAAAUCAUUGUUCUUGUGCUAGUAGGGUUCAAAUUCAAAGUAUUGAAAAGAGUACAGAAAACCCAAAUGUUGCCUUAGCUGUUUUUGAGGUGGUUUAUGCCUCACGUAGUGAGGAAUGUAAUGCCAAAGAACAGUACGAGUCCCUAACACCAGCGGCUGAUGUAGCAAAAGAGAUCCUUGAAGCACAUAAUGCUGGUUUUACAGAGGGAAUUGGAUUUCCUUACCAUAUAAUCUCUGCUAUUGGAGGUGGUAAAAGAGAAGUUGAUCUCUAUGCCUACAUAUUUGGUGCAGACUUGUCUGUUUUCUUUUUGGUUGCUAUUUUCUAUCAAUCUGUCAUAAAAAACAAAACUGAGUUUCUCGAGGUUUAUCAGCUUGAGGACCAAUUUCCCAAAGAGUUCGUAUUUAUUCUAAUGGCUUUCUUCUUCUUGAUCGUAGUUGAUCGUGUUAUCUACCUCUGUUCUUUUGCCACAGGAAAAGUUAUAUUCUAUCUGUUCAAUCUUAUCCUUUUUACCUGUGCGGUCACACAGUAUGCCUGGCACAUGGAUACCUCCCAGCAAAACACUGCAGGUUUAGCUCUUCGUGCAAUAUAUCUGACUAAAGCAAUUUCUCUGUCACUACAAGCUAUGCAAAUCCGAUAUGGGGUACCACAUAAGAGCACCCUGUACCGGCAGUUCCUCACCAGCAAAGUUUCCCGAGUGAAUUAUCUAGGUUAUCGGCUUUACCGUGCCCUGCCUUUUCUAUAUGAACUACGAUGUGUUCUUGAUUGGUCGUGCACUACAACAGCAUUGACAAUGUAUGAUUGGCUGAAGUUGGAGGACAUUAAUGCAAGCUUGUACCUCGUCAAAUGUGAUGCUGUUCUUAAUAGGGCUAGACACAAGCAAGGGGAGAAGCAGACCAAAUGGACCAAGUUUUGCAAUGGGAUAUGCUUAUUCUUCAUUUUAAUUUGUGUAAUUUGGGCUCCUAUGCUGAUGUAUAGCAGUGGUAAUCCAACAAACAUUGCGAAUCCCAUAAAUGAUGCAACUGUUCAGCUUGAUAUCAAGACAGGUGGUGGAAGGUUGACAUUGUACCAGACAACUCUUUGUGAAAAAAUUUCGUGGGAUCAGCUGAACACAGUCAUUGAUCUUGAUCCUCAAGGUUAUUUGGAUACAUACAAUGUGCGUGACAUCCAACUGGUUUGCUGUCAAUCUGAUGCGAGUACUCUGUGGCUUGUCCCUCAUCUGGUGCAGAGAAGGUUCCUUCGGUCUCUCAAUGAAGAGAUGAAUAUCAAGUUUUCUUGGAUUCUUACCAGAGACAGACCAAAGGGCAAGGAAGUUGUUAAAUAUGAAAGAACAGUUGAUCCAAUGGAUUGCCCAAAACCAUCAGAGGUUGAGGCAGUGUUUAAUGGCACUAGUAGUAGUUUUCGGGUGCGAAACAUCUAUCCAAGAUAUUUUCGCGUUACUGGUUCGGGUGAUGUUAGGCCUUUUGAACAGGAGGCUAACGAUGUCAGUGCUGACCUUGUCCUUAAUAAUGGGAAUUUGGAAUGGUGGUCCUUUCAUGAUAUCAAUUCGUUGGAUGUUAGUGGCUGUGGAGGGUUAAAAGGGCCAAUGGCCAUCAUUGUAUCAGAAGAAACCCCACAGGGUUUCCUUGGCGAGACGCUCAGCAAAUUCAGUAUCUGGGGUCUGUACAUUACAUUUGUGCUAGCAGUUGGACGCUUUAUCAGACUUCAGUGCUCUGAUUUGCGAAUGAGGAUCCCAUACGAGAAUCUUCCUUCUUGCGACAGGUUGAUCGCCAUCUGUGAGGAUAUAUAUGCUGCUAGAGCAGAGGGAGAACUUGGAGUAGAAGAGAUCCUAUAUUGGACGCUGGUGAAGAUUUACAGGUCACCUCAUAUGUUGCUUGAGUACACGAAGCCAGACUAGAUUGUCAAUCGCAGCGCUCCCUUCUUUUACAGGGUCAACAUACACUUGAUACGGGCCAUACGGCUAACGUUUACAUGUAUGUGAGAAAUACUGACCAGAGGCAGCCUUUUGAUUUGAGACUUAUAGAUUACUCUGCUAGGCUUCUCGAUCACAUUUUUUAGUUCGAUGUCGGGAAGAAUUAGUAACACACAGUUCCGUUAUGUAUAGUUUUUCAGUAGUUUCAUAUUGCCCAACUGCAUUUAUUUACUUUAAAAAGGUUGUAAAUAUUGGGUAAGAGCCCUUGACCGCAUUGUAAAAGUUUUUAACGUGUAUAAUAGUAUCGUCUUUGAUGUGCAAAA